UAUGGACGUGUGGAUGUUCGGGUUUUGUUCCAAUGAGAGGACAUAUAUAUGGACCAGUAUGACAAGCAAGGAAAAUGGAGAACGAUCUUGGAUCAUUAUAUUCUAAUAUUCAGGAAUUCACUCUCAUCUAAAAUAUGACAUUAUUGUUGAGCGUUAAGGUAAACACGAUGCACAACCUGGUUGGUCGCGGUCCAGUGACGAAAUAGAUGGUAAAGGCUAGGCAACUAUAAUGGCAAGUCGAAUAAAUUAAUGAGCAUUAAUACGCAACACGGGGAAUAUACUACCACACUGUUUAAAUCAUAAUCAAAACAAAAUGACGUAAAAUGUUGGGCCUAUGUGCACAUACAGUGUAUCGUGACUCUAACGUUGGAUAUACCACUUAAACCAACCUAUCACACUCGAUGUUGAUUUGGAAAUACCGAGCAAGUUACAUUCUGAACGUGUUCGUCACCCAUCGCGCCUAGAGACGGCGAUAUUUGAAAGUAGGAAAGUCUUUCAGAUAAGGGGGAUGCUUCUGUUUACGUGUUUGACCAAGAGGGGGCUGAUGCGUACAUUCACCUCGAGGGUCGCCACCCAAAUAUAUGUAUAUGUAGCAAUACGAAGGUUUUUGUAUCAUAACAAACGCUUGUCAUUUAAAAUUUUAAGUAUUAUAUCAUUAUAUUGAAACGUUCUAUGUAGAGAAUAGCACAUUUUUGUGGUGAUGACAUUAAAAGAUUUAUCUUAACUCGGACAGAGGACAUUUAUAACAGCCCUUGUUACUGGUGCACUGUUUCGCUUGAUUAAUAAGCGUUCGUUGAUAAGGCGUGACACGGAUCAGUCAUUUCCUUGGGCAAAUUGUUCAAACAUAUAGACAAUUGGCCAGACGAAGGACAUACAUUUCUACAUCAAUAAUGUGUCAACUAUUGAGUGUAAUAUUGAUAUUAAUUGUUUUAACUGGAUGCUUCUCAAUAGUUCUCGGAGAUUUUUCAGGGAACAAACUUAAAAACUUCUGUUACUUCACAAACUGGUCUCCUUCCUUGGCCAACUUUGAGGCCCGUUUUGACGUUGAAAAUAUCAACGCUACAUUAUGCAGCCACCUGAUUUACGCCUUUGCCAACAUGGACGUGGUAGAUCUCAAACUCGUAAAAUCCGAAAUCGGGGACGAUAACGGCUCUCUGACAAACAAGCAAGGCCGAUAUUUUGAGUUCAACAAACUUAAAAUCCGCCAUUCGGAGUUGGUAACGCUGUUGUCCAUCGGCGGCGCUAACGGCAAAGGAUGGUUCCAGGUGGUUGCAAGCGAAACCAGCAUGCAGACGUUCGCAAAAAACGUGGCAAUCUUCUUGAGGGACCGCGAUUUCGACGGCAUUGACCUCGACUGGGAGUACCCGUUAGAGCUCUACAGGAACAAGUUCACACAGCUGCUCCAGGUGUUCCGACGAGAGUUUGAGAACGAGGCGAUGCAGACCAGCAAACCGAGGCUCCUUGUCUCAAUCGCUGUCGGCGUCAGCGAGGACACAAUAUCCAAGUCAUACAACAUCCCUGAAAUCAGCAGCUACGUGGACUACAUACAGGUGAUGGCGUACGACUUCCACGGUCCAUGGAGUCAGGUGACGAGCUUCUCAUCCCCACUCUACUCGCGAGGAUCCAACAUCCGUUUCAACCAGCAAUACAGCCAGCAAUGGGCGAUAGAUCGGUGGAUAUCUGGCGGGGCUCCACGUAACAAGCUCGUGCUGGGACUGACUGGGAUCGCCACCACCUUCACCUUAGCCAAUAUAACGGACGCCGGGGUCGGAGCCGCAGUAACGGGGGCGGGAAAGACCGGACCCUACCUGGGACACGAGGGGCACGCAACCUACUAUAGGGUAUGUGAGCUGAUUCGGAAUGGGGCCGUUUACCGUUUUGACGAGGAACAAAAGAUGUCGUAUGUCGUUUUGGAAGACCAGUGGGCUGGCUACCCCACGCCCAAGAGUAUGAAGGAAAAGGUUCGGUUUGCGCACAGUCGGGGCCUGGCGGGGACCAUGUUUUGGUCUCUUGAGGUGGACGACUUCAAGGGUACGUAUUGCAAUGCCGGACAGUUCCCGCUCCUCACUGCCGUCUACGACACUAUUCAGGAAAUGGCGCCCUACGCCUCAGGCCAGUUUACAGUACAGACCACGGAAAGACCUCCAAUCACUACUGUUGACUUCAGACUGCACCACAAGACAAACAAAAACGGAAUUAAUUUCUACGAUAUGGUAGACUCUGCCCAGAUAUCCAGCCUCAAUUUUCUUUUACUUAUUUCCUGUUUGUGUGUGUACAACAUAUUCAGUUACGGACGUCAUUUUCGAUGAAACAGGAACAACACAAACUUUUAACCAUGCGUUGCAUCCGAUUAGACUAUCAGACCUCGUCUGGGAAAAAAGAAAUCAGAAAGGACCCGUUUUUUGACAGAACUAUAUGCACUAUGUUCUGCCAAUUACCACGGGAGCAACUGAUUAAUUGUGAUUGAGUUAUAAUUUUAUAUUAAUGACCUAACAGAUGCCAAAAUGUCUUGUUUGUCGCUUUCAUCAUUUUUCUUCAAACCCACAAAAAGUAGUUUAAUUAAGAUCGGUGACGUUUGGACCUAUUAAUGUAGCCACCAUUUUCUAUUGCUGGCAUAAACGGACGCGCAUUUGCGCCAACUUAUUAAAAGUUCACAAAAUUGCGACUUAUUAACUCAAAACUGUAUGCCUUAAAUAUUAGACAUAAUUAUUAAGCCGAAUUUGACGAUAUAGGGGGCGUAACUUUUGGGCGCAACUUCACGAAACCGAUCCGGUUAGCGCAGUGGUUAGCAUAUUCGCAUCUCACAACUUUUAGGCGACCAGGGUUCGAUUCCCGGCCAGGGCGCAUGUGAAAUUGGUUAGUGGUCACAAAGCCGGACAAGUUGGUUUUCUCCGGGUACUGUGGUUCCCCCCACAACAUAAGACCACACUCUCGCGCAACAACCGACAAAACAAAUUUGGCUUAUAUUAAAUUUUGUCUUUAAAUGGUGUAUUUUGUAUCAAUAUGCAUAUUCUUUCUACCACAUUGUUAUAAAAAUGUUCACUUAGACAGUUUCACAUGUCCUCAAAACCGACAAUGUAAGACUGUCAGAAAACUUCAAACUUUGUUCAUGUUCCUUGAACUGUUAAGGAGAUUCAAGUGUGUAUCGUAGGCCUUAAAUGAAAGUAUUUCAGCCCUUUUACGAAAUUGUUUGCCGAAGACUGUCGGCAAAAAAGUUUGCUAUAAUAAAUAAUAAUUUGUAUAAAUUUUCUUCAUACAUGUGUAUUUUGUGUUUGUUGUUAUUUGUCGAAUACUGACUGUAAAUCCCUGGCACAUGUGUAUUUUGUGUUUGUUGUUAUUUGUCAAAUACUGACUGUAAACCCCUGGCACAUGUGUAUUUUGUGUUUGUUGUUAUUUGUCGAAUACUGACUGUAAACCCCUGGCACAUGUGUAUUUUGUGUUUGUUGUUAUUUGUCGAAUACUGACUGUAAAUCCCUGGCACAUUUGCAUUUUGUUUGUAUGUGUAUGUAUAAUUGGAUGUUUACAAAAGAGAACAAUGCAAUAUCAUUAAACUUAUUAAACUAA